AUGUCCACAUCAUAUUUUUAUCUCAUUAAUUUGGGAUGUAGGUUUUGUAUUUUGAAUAGACUGUGGAAACUCUUACCACCUGGAAUAGUAGCUUUGCCAGAUGGAUCGAGUAGCUCUGAAAUAACAGUGUUAGUGGAAUGUAUACGAUUAUUGCAUGCUGAACUUUCUGGACUGCUUCGGUUGUUUAGUUUGGGUUAUGGUCCAGUAAUAUUAAUAUACUUUACAUUUGCAUUCAUCCAUGCUUUAGUCGACAUAUUUCUUAUAAUUAUUCUUGAUAAUUCGAGUGUAAAAUUGGGGAUUUUGUCAUUCGUGUUUUAUAUACAAUACAUUAUGUCUACUCUAUCAAUUCUCUGGAUUGCAUCGUGGAUUAUUAAAAAGAAAAAAAAGAUUAUUUCAUACUUGAGACUGACGAGAAUUUCUGAAUUGCCUACUGAAACAAAAUUACAGGUUAAAAUAUUCAUGAAUCAAAUAUCAGCUUAUGAACCAAAUGAAUUGACAGCUUUUGGAUUUUUCAACUUGAACUUGAAUCUAUUCAUAUCAAUUUUGGUAUUGAUGAUCACUGGAAUAGCUACAUUGGUUCAAAUGAAAGAGUAUUGGUUCAUGAUUCGACUUAAUAAUUUAAUGACACCUCAAUUCAACAAAUUAGAAUGA